AUGUACAUUUUGGACACUUCCAAUGUUCUUCCUUUGCUAUUAGAGAUGACCCCAGUUUCUGCGACACAACAUGAGAAUGUGGAUGUGUAUGAGGACAAAGUAUCUACAAUCAUGCAUUCACCAUCGUUAGAGAGCACUAAAUCAGCAAAGCAGCUCAUUUGCAAAAGUACCCAUCCACUGACCUACGGACUGCCUGUGCAGUCAUUGGAACCUUUCCACAACUCAGUGUCUGAAAUUCCCCAGAGGAAUGCGUUAAUGAUGGAGGCUGAAAAGUAUUCACAGGAUUGCUAUCGAACAAGUCCCCCUGGAUUACUGAGCUAUGACGAGGGCGAUGUACUGAAGCAGUUUGGAUUCGAUGGGAGUUCGCCAAGUGUAUCACAACUUAGCAUAGAGAAGCGGCCGUGGAUAUCUGAAAGCAAACUUCAGAAAAAGACACGACAAUCUCACCGCAAAAAGGAUAGCGGGGUAAAGGGUAAUAAUUCAUGUUGCAAGGCGAUUAAUUCUACGCUAAGAAAUGAAGAUGAUAUACCUUUGUACCUUCGCUUUUCCAAGACCAUUUUAUCUGCAUCACAGGAAAAUGGUUCCAACUUCGAAGAAAAUUGUCAGAAGGUGCCUACUGUUUCCCGAAAACGACAACGGACGUCCAGUAGCCGAGCUUUAGAGACAUCCUUCGCCUCAAACACAGGGCCUGUUGGCCCUUUCAAGAAGAAAAGAUCACUAGAACGCCGGGAGGAAUUGAAUAAGGAGCAGUUAGUAGUGCCACAGCCGUGCAUGUUACCGCACAACAUGGCCUGUCUCUUUGUUGAGGUAUGCAAUGACGACUAUACAGACGACGUGCGCGCGGCAGCUUUGCGGCGCUUGCUUGCAUACUGGUCAGGGGCCAUGGAAGGGGAGGCUCUGCCGGGCAUAUCGAAAGGCCCCAGAAUUGAGUCUUCUACUUCCUUUUUACCACCACUUCAUCGACGUCUCAUUGUUCUGAUAGCAGACAACAUGAGUGCGUUGGAGAGAAGUCUCCUAUGGUGGACACUUCGGCCAUAUGCGGAGCAUGCAUUGAUUCUACCAAUUUUCGGAAUUUGCCCGAUUGGGGAUGAUGAGGAAUGCUCGGCUUGUGCGCCAACAAGCAAGGAAUCAUCCGAUGUAAGAGGCUCUCAGGAGGGAAAGCGUGUCUUUCCUCAAACUAUUCGUAAGAGUGAGCUCAGUACCAAAGCGUCGCAGGCUGUUAGGCAUAACGAUUCACAACGACGUCUUCCUGUGGGGUUUACAUUGCUACAAGCGGUGGCCCUACACCACCUGUGUGAUUCCUUCGCAGUUAACACAUCCAACAGCUAUGCCUUGUGCUACUCUAAGGUGUGUUGGGAUGUCUUGAGAGGCCUUGGUAUCCCUACACACCACAUGAAGCGCUCACUUGAAGAGUGUGCUCAAUGCAUCAUUAAGGCCUGCACCGGUUCAACCAAAGCUUCCAGGAGAAAUGAAAAGAAUACCGCUAAUGUUGGGUUUGGCUUAUGGCUAGGGGCUGGAACAGCUGCACAGCAACGCAGAUGCGAUGAAAAUAACGUUGAUGAGCAACGCGAGGUGAUUUUCUCUUACCUUUGCUCCUGGAACGGCCUUGCGCAGACACUAGCAACCAACGCUCGUCGUCCAGAGCUUGUCUUACGUGUGGUUAAAAUGCUGCACUCACCAAUUUCGUCUUUCGUCCUAUCAGUGCGUAUCUGUUAUGCUCUUGUGCGUCCAGUCUCUACUCAAGGGUUGUGUUUUGCAUGUGCUAUAUCUCGAGAUAUGCGCUUGUUUGCCUCCCAAUCACCUCUUGUGGUGCUACCUACACGUGCAGUGGAACUGUUCCGAAAUCUUUUUUUCAAAUACCUCUCUGCUUUUUUUACUCCGUCCAUAUUUCGCACCGCUGUCGAUGUAGUUCGCAGUAGUUCACCUGACUACAUAAAGGGAUAUUCAUGUUCCACGCUGGGAUAUCUACAAUUUGAGGUAACAAGUUGGUUGCGGCAGUACGUCUACGUGUCCCUUGUUGUCGACCUACGACCUAUUGUUGCCCACCAAGCACUCAAUAAUAAUAGUGGAAUGUCUCUGUGGGGUUGCGUGUUGCGAGCCUUACAGUGUAGCUGCACGCCGCGCGAGCACGAGAAAAUCUUAUUUUCUGAGAAUGGGGUAAAAAAGUGCCGUCACCAUGCUGAGCUUUUGUACUACUUUGUCAAUCGGCAAAUCAACACUCAAAUACGACAAUAG